AUGAGUCAAGACAAAAACGGUCAGCUCGCCACCCGAGCCUCCAACAGCCAGUUCCCCGCCGACGUCCUCGACGCCGUCUUCGUCGCCGUCCAGUCCCUCACCCAGGCUGCUGGCGUGCUCCUCGACAUACCCCAGAGCAUCACCGCCCAGGCCAACGUCGUGAUUGCGCGGUACUGGGUAUCCGAGGCCCCAGAAUCCCUCGAGUUCAGUACAGCCACCGUCCCCGCUCCCCCGCGACAUCUGCAACGUCUACACCUACCUCCUCUCCCCAACCUGUCCCCUCUUCCGGACCUCAGAUGCACCAACCGACGCGGAAGCUUCCUCCUCCUCCUCCGGCUCCAAACCCCCUUAGACUCCUACCUCCCCUCCGAAUCCGCCUACACCUCCUUCCACACCCGCCUCCUCGCCGCCGAAUCCCGCAUCCUCAUCGCCCUCGGCUUCGACACCACCGUCUCCCUCCCCCACCCCCUCGCCAUCACCUACCUCCAAGCCCUCGACUUUGCCGGUCUCUCCUCUUCUUCUUCCUCCUCUUCCUCCUCUUCUUCUUCCUCUUCCCCUUCUCCCCGCGCCAUCACCGCCCGCGCCCUCGCCCACCUCAACACCGCCCUCCUCUCCCCGCAAAUGCUCUACCUCACCCACCAACCCCCGAGCUCGCCGCCGCCGCCCUCUUCCUCGCCGCACCAGCUCGGCUUCCUCGCCGUCGCCCUCAUCAGCCUCGAGCCCCUCCUCGCCCGCCAGCGCCGCGAGUUUGCCGCUUUUCUCGCCGACGGCAUGGUGACGCGGGAUAAAGUCGCCCAGGCCCUUGCCGGCGACCUUACCGGCGACCUUGCGGCUCCUACGCCCUGA